AUGGCUAGAGAAAUCACUGACAUUAAGGAGUUCUUGCAAUUGACUAGAAGGGCUGGUGUUUCAGCUGCUACCAUCAAGGUCAACAAGAAGUUGAACAAGAACGGUAAGCCUUUCAGACAAACCAAGUUCAAGGUUAGAGGUUCUAAGAACUUAUACACUUUGAUUGUCAACGAUGCUGGCAAGGCCAAGAAGUUGAUUCAAUCUUUGCCACCAACUUUGAUCGUUAACAAGUUGUAA